AUGGAACUAAACAAUACAAGAGCUCCACCGCAAGAACAAAUUCUUGCUAAUUUUCAAGCUGUAACUAGUAUGAAUGUUGAUGACUCAAUUAAAUUUCUUAUUAGAUACAAUUGGAACUUAAAAGAUGCACUCGAACAGCUAUACCGAGAAACGGGUGAAGGUAGUCGAACAUUAACCAGUCUAUGUAUUACGCAACACAACGAUCGACAUCUUGCUGAAACCAUUCAAAACAGAGAAAUUAGUUUAGGAGUCGAGCAGAACAUAUCCAAUAUUGUUGUGAUGGGUAAAGCCAAACGGAUUGCUAUUGUUGCUCACAAUAAUAAGAAAAACGAAAUGAUUGAAUGUCUGCGACCAUAUCGCAAUAUAUUGGCUGACCACAAAUUGUAUGGUACCGGUACAACUGGAGCAUUAGUAGAAAAAGAACUGGGAUUAUCUGUAUCUAAAUUUGAAAGUGGUCCUCUAGGUGGCGAUCAACAGCUAGGUGCAAAAAUCACUGCACGAGAGCUUGAUAUUCUUCUUUUCUUAAUUGAUCCAUUGGAUAAUCAUGUGCAUCAUGCCGAUGUAGCAGCACUUCUUCGUUUAGCUCAAGUUUAUGGUAUUGUCUGUGGUAUAACUGCUGCUAGCAUCGAUUUUAUACUAAGCUCAACAAAGAUGAAUCAACGUCAUGAACGACAAAUAAAUUUAGAUCAAUCAUUGAAUAAAAAAUAA